AAUACUAAAGUAAAAUAUCAAUUUGUAGCCCACAAUUCCCCUGGUCGACCUUCAGGACACGCAGGGUGGCCUGGAACAUGUCCUGCCACUAGACCACCUGCUCCUGGUACAACUUGUCGUUUGCAGCGUUUGAGGCGUUGCUGCUUGGAGGCAGAGGCUAGCGUCUGCCGGAGGAGGUCCAUCUCCUCGUUUAUCAGACUCCUCUGGAGGAAGACUUCCCUCUGCUGGGCCUCGCGAGACUUCUGCUCAUUGUCCAUCCCGACCUGGUAGGAUUCAAGCUGCUGCUUGGCAACGGAGAGUUGGGUCUGAACCCUGGAGAUGUCAGUCGCCAGCAGCUCCAUUCUGUUCUUCGAAGCGGUGGCUUGGUUGAUUACCGCAGCAACUCUGUCAUUGGACACUGCUCUGGAAUCAUGCCCCUGGAGGUCGUAGAGCUACAAAACUUCAGAAAGAAUCUGGAAGGAGAGAGAUACAGCUUGUUUGAUGUAUCCUUAUAGAUACACAGAGGAAGGUAUGACUCAACUGAAACUAAAGGUGAUGAAUAACAAAAAUGAAGCUCACGUCAAUCUUGUCAUCUUUUCCAGCAAUGGUCUCCUCGGUGUCUCUCAGGAUCUUCAGGUAUUCUUUCACCUGCUGACGGUGGCGACGGUGUUUGACCAUCAAAACCUUGGCAGCAUUGCGGAGGAAGCGCUGCUGUUUCCUCAGCGCUCCGUUCUCCUUCUCUGAUAGGACACGGUCUGGUCCAACACGGUUGGGUUGAAGACCGUCAGAUAUAUCAUGGUUGGUUCGAACAUGGUCACAGACAUGAUGGUUGGAUCGAACACUACGUGAUACAACCCGGUUGUGUUGAACAUGCUCAAAUGUAAUAUGGAUGUGUUCAACCUUGUUUGAUUGAACACCCUCUUAUAGAACACAAGCGGGUUGAACACCAUCUCAAAUAACGUGUCUGGGUUUGUCACGGUCAAACUGAACAUGUUUGGUUGGAACCUGGUGACGUUGAACAUGGUCACAGUGGGAUGGAACACUGUCACCGGCACCACGUCAGUUUCUUGAAAAGAAACAAAAGAUAAUACAUCCAUCAUGGUUUUAUUUCAGACAUUUCAGAUCAGCACAGCUCAUCUUUCAGAUAAAAGUAUUAUUAAAUAAUUUAUAACAAGCUUUAGCUCAUUUGUUUACCUCAUCAUAAUAAUCUUCUUGGCCGUUUUCGGUUUCUUAGUCCGUCCAGAAAUCCUAUAUUGUAAGAAACACUUUGGUAUGUACUUUAUCUACAUUUACAUUUAUUCAUUUAGCAGACGCUCUUAUUCAUAGCGACUUACAGUAAGUACAGGGACAUUGUCCCCGAGGCAAGUAGGGUGAAGUGCCUUGCCCAAGGACACAACGUCAUUUGUCACAGCCAGACAUCGAACCGGCAAGCUUUGGAUUACUAGCCCGAUUCCCUAACCGCUCAGCCACCUGACUCACUAUCUUAGCUACACAUCUUUCUUACAUAGACUUGCUGUGUAAUAAAAUGAACAUACCCAGUAUUAAAUGUCAGGGAAUAAGAGUGUACACAACUUUUCAGACAGUGGUUAUUUAUCCUAAGUAACACUUCAGGUUUGUAAUCUUCUGCCUAGGGUUGAGAAAAGCUUUGUCUUUCCUUGGACCGUGGCAAAGGCAUUCUGUCCAGUUAAUAACAAGACAUUCUGGACAGGAGACCAGUUCCUGCGGACAUCUUCUCUUUUGAAAAGAGCCGGCUCCGGAGGUGGGAGGAAAACCAAACACAGAGUGUGCAAAAAUGUAAAGUAUAGCAGCUAACUGUCCCAUCGUGACAUUGUCUCGCUUGUUUUUGCUUGAAAAUGAACUGAAUGAAGAUAACAUUGGGUAUGUAUUAUGUUUUCAAACAUGACAUAAGCGUAUCUUUAGAUUGCGUCACAGCAGGCUGACUGGCCAGCCCCCAGUUCAUUUUUAAAAUGAGAGAUUCAACAAGGUGUUUGUAAACUGAGCGGUGUCCACACUGGCCAGUGUAUCAAACUCCUCUACCUUCCUGUCACUGUUUGUUCGCUAGAUGGUGACAUAGGGAUAUAGACACAUAGGUUGUGAAAUGAAUGAUAACUUGUUUCUUCAGGAAUCUUUCUAUGCAUGCCAGUUUUUAUUGUCCAUCUGGUGCCUUAAGAUACUGCAGCCAGUCUGCAGAGACUUGAGAGCCCUGCAUUGUGGGUUCUCAAUAAUAUUUCAGGAAAUUAGUUUGUUGUGGCCUACUGUGUCUCUGGGUAUAAUCAUUUAGCUUCAUGGCAAAGCCACUUAAGUGUUUCUACCUAUUCUUACUAUUAUUAUUAUAAAUCAUCUUCCUCUCCCAUACGAGUCUAUGGCAGCCCCUAGAACCAUAUGGUAAAAAGUUAAGAAAUUUGGCACACUCAUUAAGCACUAACUUGACUCAUAAUUUUAUUAUAAUGAACACUCACGUAGGCCUAGGGUUUAGCAGCAACUUACUGGAUCAUUUAGUUUUCAUCAAGCAAAGAAGUGGAGACUAUCACUGUUAGUAGGCUAUAGCCUACUAAGGUUAAUGACUAAAGUAAAAAGAAAAUGUAGAUAAGUUAUGAUUCUUUUCACACGACCUAGGCUACCAAUAAAGUAGGCCUAUCUCGUGUUUGAAGCAACACUGGAACAACUGUCUAGGCUGUGUGUUUCAAUAACUAGCACUUGUGUUAUUAUAGACUUUAUCCUAUCCGUCUGGGAAUUGAUUUGAAAAUAAGCAUUUCUAUUCAACCGUUCGAUUGUGAAGCAGCCUAAUAGCGUGCGCCAGAGUUUGUUGUUUUGAAAUAAUACGCUGUGAAACACUAAAGUUGGUUUGACAGCUGAUCGCAACACCACUCAAACUAAUUUUGCUGUUAAGGCGAGCAGUCAUUCAUAGAUGACUGUCUAGUGAGAUUUUCCACGAUAGUAGCCUACCUAAUAGCCUACGUUUGUUAGAAAGUUUUAUUUUGGUUAUUUUGUCAGAACAUUAGUGUAGCCUAGUUUUAUUAUUCAAAUUCCUUCAUCUAUAAGGAAAGUCCGUAAGCCUACCAUUGACUCGGACACAAUGUCAGGGACCAAAGUGAGUUGCACAAUUGGCCUUCUGUAAUUUUAAAGUGUUUAUUUUCUGAAAUCCACAUGGUACAGACCUAGACCGGUUAUAACCUAUAGGGGCGUGUUUAGAUGACUGUUAAUUUGAAUAUUCAUACAGGGCUAAGUAAAAUACUAAUAUGUUACAAACAAAUAACUAUAGGAUAUGGCCUACAGUAGCCUAGUAGGCUACUUUCGUUGCUGCAUUAAAUCUUUCACAAAAAUAACGGAUAAAACGGAAAUGGAGUUUCGAACGUUGGAAAGUUUAAAUGGUCGGAGAGAGUCCCUACAGUAAUCAGAUGUAUGAUGGUGUAGCCUAUUAGCAAUAUGCCCCGAUAGUCAAGAAGAGAAGACGACCGGACGACGUAUCCACAGGAUAGAUAGAGACAUAAGCUAAUGAUUUGGCUAUUCUGAUUGACUACAGACAGGGAAUGACAGGAGAUAUUUAGAUUUUAUAUUUCGGUCAUUCAUGUCAGAUUUUGUGGAAAUUGUUUUUAUAUCUCAGAAAAUCUCAAAAGCAUCUGGACAAUAGCAUAAUGGAGGACGACCAAAAUGGUAUGAUAAGCACAUCUGCAUUAUGGUGACAAAUCCACCCCACUCUCCCAUUAAUCACAAAACAGACUGAAUCAUUCACAUAACAGUUAUUGUGGUACAACCACUAAAGGUAGAGAGUUGUGUCUUUUGCUCUCUGUUGGAAGUGGAGGAUGGCCAGUGUCCACAGCAAAGACACAUUGCAAAUGAAUUGUGUUUCUUUACUGUUGAGAAAGGCUGUCAGUGUGGUUUGAGUAUAGAUGCAGAGUUGUGUGUUUUUGGCUACCUGGGACCUUCCAGGGCAGGCCGAUCUGUCCCCCAGAUCUGAAGGCCCUCAGGGGCUCUCGAGAUGCAGCAGCAGAACCACCAGUACCGAUGAGGCCGUCCUGAAGAAGAUGGAGGAGUGGAAGCGGAUGUGUCGCCUGAGAGGGAGGGGCGUGAGAGAAGGGAGGAUCUGCUCCAUAGCGCAGAGGAUAAAGACCUGUGAGACACCUUCCAGAAAAGCAGCCAGCGGUCAAGAGAAUGAGUAUCUGGAGGAUGAUGAGGAUGGUGGUGACGAUGAUGAUGACAGAGAAAAGGAUGAGGAAGCUGAGCUGGAUGAAGAGGCUGAUUGUGAUGAGGAGGAUGGAGAGUUCUCUGAAGUCAGGCAGAAAAAUGCGAAGUUUCAAAAGUCUAGGAAAAAUCCACCAAAGGUUUUUCACCACCAUGCCUCGUCCACCAGAGGGAGCUAUUGCAUCAGUGCCUCUGUGCCAAGGAGCGCCUACACCACCAGUGGAAGAAGGGGCAGGCUAGGGCCCACGCUGGGCAGAAGGAAGCAUACGUGGCACCCUCGUCGUGACUCAGUCUCCUCUGAGGAAAAGGAGGACUCUGAUGAGGAACAUGGUGGGAAGACCAGUUGUUUGCCUGUCAAUCUGCGUAAGGAAGACAUCUUGGGGAUCCACAGCGACAGGAUGAAGAUCCAAUCGAGUUUGGCAGACAUCGACCCCAUGGUGAUCGACCAGUCAGUGCGUUUUGACAGCGUGGGAGGCCUGACGAGCCACAUCUCAGCCCUGAAGGAGAUGGUGGUGUUCCCCCUGCUCUACCCAGAGGUGUUUGACAAGUUCAAGAUCCAGCCUCCCAGGGGCUGUCUGUUCUACGGCCCCCCGGGGACAGGGAAGACCCUGGUGGCGCGGGCGCUGGCUAACGAGUGCAGCCAGGGGGACAGGAAGGUGGCCUUCUUCAUGAGGAAGGGGGCCGACUGCCUCAGCAAGUGGGUGGGCGAGUCGGAGCGACAGCUGCGCCUGCUCUUCGACCAGGCCUACCAGAUGCGUCCGUCCAUCAUUUUCUUUGACGAGAUCGACGGUCUAGCUCCGGUCCGCUCCAGCCGUCAGGACCAGAUACACAGCUCCAUCGUGUCCACCCUGCUGGCUCUCAUGGACGGGAUGGACAGCCGGGGGGAGGUGGUGGUGAUCGGAGCCACCAACCGCCUGGACGCCAUCGACCCCGCCCUCAGGAGGCCCGGACGCUUCGACAGGGAGUUCCUGUUUGGCCUCCCCGACCGCGAGUCUCGUCGGGACAUCCUGAAGAUCCACACCCAUCAGUGGUGCCCCGCCCCCUCCGACACCUUCCUGGAAGAGCUGGCUGACAAGUGUGUCGGCUACUGCGGCGCCGACAUCAAGGCGGUGUGUGCGGAGGCGGCCCUCUGCGCGCUGCGGCGCCGCUACCCCCAGAUCUACGCCUCCUCCCAGAAGCUGCUGCUCGACGUCUCCUCCAUCAGCGUCAGCGCCACCGACUUCCUGGCCGCCAUGGCCAAGACAGUGGCCGCCUCCCAGAGGGCCGUGUCGUCCCCCGCCAAGGCCCUGGCCCCGGCCCUGGCCCCCCUGCUGGGCUCGGAGCUCACCGCCCUCCUGGACGGCCUGCAGAAGCUGUUCCCCCACGCCGAGCAGGGCCUCAGGAAGAGGAGGGACGCCUCGGACCUCCUGGAGGACGACCUGCUGUACAGCGGGGAUGAGGGGACCUCCUCCAACACCUCCAUCUCCAAGCAGACCCCACCCUCAAAGGGCAGCUUCCUCCACCUCGCGCGGAGUGCAGCGCACCAGCCCACCUCCCACCGGCCCCGCCUCCUGCUGACAGGGCGUCCCGGGGCGGGGCAGAGCGCCCACCUGGCCCCCGCCAUGCUCCACGCCCUGGAGAGGUUCAGCGUGUACACCCUGGACGUGGCCGUGCUGUUUGGGGUCAGCUCCACCUCACCCGAGGAGGCCUGCGCUCAGGUGUUCUGUGAGGCCAGGCGUACGUCCCCCAGCAUCCUGUACGUCCCCAGGAUCCAGCGCUGGUGGGACACGGUGGGGCCGGCCCUGAAGGCCACCUUCACCAGCCUGCUGCAUGACCUGCCCUCCUUCUCCCCCGUGCUGCUGCUGGCCACCAGCGACCAGGCCCACCACGACCUGGACGACGAGGUUCAGGCUCUGUUCCGCGUGGAGCACGGAGAGGUUCACUCCAUCAGGACGCCCACCCAGCAGGAGAGGAGGAGGUUCUACGAGGACCUGAUCCUCUUCCAGGCUGCCAAGGCCCCCGCAUCCAAGAAGAAGGCCUUGAUGCAAGCCAUGGAGGUGCUCCCCCUGGCGCCCCCUCCGCCCCCCAGGCAGAUGUCGGAGCGCGAGCGCCUGCGCAUGGAGGAGAAGGAAGAGGACACCCUGCGGGAGCUCCGCCUCUUCCUGCGGAGUGUCACCGAGCGCCUGGCGCAGGACAAACGCUUCAGGGCCUUCAGCAGGCCUGUCGACGUGGAGGAGGUCCCUGAUUACACGACCGUGAUCAAGACCCCCAUGGACCUGUCCACCGUCCUGGCCAACGUGGACUCCCACAAGUACGUCACGGUCCGGGAGUUUGCCAACGACGUGGACCUGAUCUGGAAGAACGCGCUGGAGUACAACCCAGAUAGCGACCCCUCUGACCGUCAGAUUCGCCACCGGGCAUGUGCACUGAAAGACACGCUCCACGCCAUCAUACGUGACGAGCUGGACGAGGACUUUGACAUGAUCUGCGAGCAGAUUAGAAACUCACGGAACAAGAGAGGCUGCAAGACAUCCAUGUUCGCCCCCUCCUGCUACCAGACGCUGCCCCGAGGGGAGGGCUGCUCUGACGACAGGAGGCCGAACGGCAAGGACGCCAGCACACCCUUCGCCGCCAACGCUCCACGGCCCACAAAGAGACGUGGGGGCCGAGUGACGCGGGCCACCUGGACCGUGGCCCAGCAGCAGCAGGUGAUAGACGUGGACAAGGCCCUGGAGAUCCUCUCCCAGAAGUCCCCUCAACUGGUGGUGGACCAUGACAAGCUCAAGGACCUGCUCAAGAGAGUGGUGACCAAGACUGAGGGCUACGAGGUGUGUCAGCUGGAGAAACUCUACGCGCUGCUAUGCCAGAGUAUCUACAGACACCGCAAGAAGUACGACAAGACUGAGCUUGUUCAGGAUUUGAAGAGUGAUAUCGACAACUUUUGCUAACUGCUCUGAAACUUUCACCUACUGGCCUAUUUUAAUAAAAAGAAAUGCAUUUCAGGACUUUUUUGAUGACCUUUUUUAGUUGAAGUAGGCCCAGUAUAUUUAUGUAUUUAUUAUUUACAAUCUAUACAUUUUGUGUGUAAGUCUGUGAACAUGUUUUACAGACUUUGUUUAAAGAACAUUUUAAGGCAUUUUAUGCUGACUGAUUUGUAUUUGUACGCUUAAUACAUGUGUACUUCUCUACGUAAUUAGCUUGAACUAGUCUGCUCCGACAACUAUUCUGUUGUUUGGU